CCUAGACGGAAUAUUGUGAGGAAGAAUCAUAUGCAAAACAAUAGCCUGGCGUUCAUUUUCGGUGAAGGAGAAAAUCCAUACCUCCAUGCCGUAACUGCGUGUACACACUUAUUUACAGAGCCUAUGCUACACAUACACACACAGGAGAUUAAAAAUUCACAUAAUCUGAAGCAAAACGCAAACCAGAAUGCAAGAACUGCGCAAAUGCGGACAUUUGUGAGGUGGUGGAAGCAGAAGGAAUGGUACUCUUAUCAGUUACUGCUGGUCAAGUGCACACCUGUUCUCCAUCCUUUUCAUCUCUGAACAAACACACAAAGAAGCUCUAAUGAAUUUUAAUAGUGUGGACUGGACCACCAACCUAGGCCUGAUUUUUCUCUCAUAUGAGGUCUUUCAGACUGGUGUUGACAAUAUCCCUCCCGUGACCAUUGCAACACUGGUCCUCAAUAUAUUUGUUUAUCUGUCGCCAGUGAAACCUGUCACACAGGUGUGCGUUAGUGUGCAGACGGCAGUAUGGCAGCGAGAGUGGCGUCGUAUGCUCUUGGGCCCAUUCCAUCACAGGAAUGAUUGGCACCUCAGCCUCAACAUGGUGUCCCUGUUGAGGGCAAAGCCUUUGGAGCACUUCCUGGGCGGGGUCUGGUUUGCCUGUCUGCUGGCCAUCUUCUCCUUGCUUACAGGAUUGGUCUAUCUCCUGCUGAGGGCGGGACUAUACGUGCUCACAGAGGAUUCCUCACAUGGCUCAUGGUGUAUUGUAGGAUUUGAUGCUGUGCUGAUUGGUCUGCAUGUUGUGAAUGUCUACUACCACCCCAACUCAUUGUCCCAGCUCAUGGGAUUCCCUGUGGCCACACGUGUGACCUGCUGGAUGGAACUUUUCCUGGUGUAUGCCUUGGAACCUGGGGUGUCUGUGUUGACACCUCUGUCUGGAUUGCUGGUGGGUCUUCUCUACACCAAAGGGCCUCUGAGGAGUGCAAUGGCAGGAUGUGCAGGUGUCAUGACAGGAAAUCAGACAGGGAGAAGAUCAAUGUACUUCUAUGAGUCAGGUUACAGUGGAUGGCGCAGUCCUAAUCCCACAGCAGAUCUCAAUCAUCCACAGUUUAGUCGAAAGCAAGCCCCUGCCACACACUCCAGUGAGACCAGGUGUCCUGAUAGACCGCCUCGUGCUAAUUCCUCCCCACACACUCCGUCCAGGAAGCAGCGCUGUACUGGUAGACCCCCAGCCAGAGAUGCUUUGAACCCAUAUGUCCAGCUUCAUGACCUGCAUCCCAGAACUACCAGGCAACUAACCAAAGGAGCCUCUUGCAAAUAUGUAUUCACCUGCCCUUGCUGUCCCAGAACAUUUUGCCUAAGGAUAGCACGCAACCGUCACCUUCUCACUCAUGGAGAUCAGCCACAACAUGAAUCAUCUUCCAGGCCUCACCGCCAGGUUAAUCAAAGUGUGGAUGACGGACCACCAGAUCCAGACCCUGUAAUGGUGCCCCAAUCUCCAGACCUGAACCCCUCUGAAAACCUCUGGAAUAUGGUUAAGAAGAAGCUGGGUAGUUACAUGGCAUCAAACCAAUCUGAGCGGCUUAUUCAAGGGCCCACUAACUCAGCCAAGUCUGCUGCUUCUGCCAGACCAUCUAACCCUGUCACAGAGGAAGUGCGGCACCGACGUCUCCUGAGGUUUCAGCAUCUGACAUCUGAGCCAGCAGCUGCUUUUCCAGCAGACUGUUAAUGGCAAUUUAUUUUCAGAGUGACUAUUUGCACCCCUGAUACAAUUAGCCUUGGCCACACAGCUGGGCUAUUUGCACCCUCUAUGAUGCCUCGCAACAAAUGCAAACGUCAGCAGAAAGUGAAAAAUUCAGAAAGGUUUUGGCACUAAUAUCUGUUCUGAUGAAUUUUCUGGUUGAAAGGUUGUAUUUUAUUUUCAUAAUCUUUGUUCAGUGAAUACAUACGUCCGUCAUUUUGUUAGUGAACAGCAAUCUCAUGAUUAUGACGGUCAGGCCUGCGAACUAUUGGCUACUAUGAGAUGUAGAAAGAACACAUGAACCAUCCAAAAGUUAGAGAGAUACGUAGUAGGGUAGGCUAUUAGGAAAAGACUGAUAGCCUAUAUACCCUCCGUUUUUAAAAAUAAUUCUGUUAACACUGAUAUGCUACAAACAUGUUAUAAACC